GCUGCCAUGGACAGGUCAAACUGGGGACUGUUGAAGAAGGUCUUGCCAAGGCUCGAGCGGCCAUUAAGAGGGCAGCGAUAUCUCGCAAUCGCACUUUCAGCGAAGCCCAGGAUUGGAUACCCAGAGGAGCUGUGUACCGCAAUGCUUAUGCCUUCCACCAGAGUUACAUUGAGAUGGAGAAGAGGUUCAAGGUGUGGAUAUACAAGGAAGGAGAGCCACCCAUCGCCCAUGACGGGCCGAGCAAGAAUAUCUACGCCAUCGAAGGCCACUUCAUCAUCGAGAUGGAGCGCGAGCGCAACCCCUUCGUAGCUCGCCAUCCCGCCGAUGCGCACGUCUUCUUCCUCCCAUUCAGCGUAGUCAACAUCGUGCACUUCCUCUACAAACCUAACGUCACCGAUUACCGGGGACCCCUGAAACGACUGAUAGCGGACUACGUCGCCGUCGUAGCUGAUAGGUACCCUUACUGGAACAGAAGCCUCGGUGCCGACCAUUUCAUGGUCUCCUGCCAUGACUGGGCUCCACACCUCUCGGAUGCGAACUCUGACCUUUACGAGAACUCCAUCCGGGUGAUCUGCAACGCGAACACAUCUGAAGGAUUCAAGCUGGGAAAGGACGUGACGCUGCCGGAAGUGCAUCUCCCCGGCGGCGAGCUCUCGCAGCCAGCUGCAAACCAGCUCCACAAUGAAAAGACGAUCCUCGCGUUCUUCGCUGGUGGCUCGCAUGGAUACAUCAGAGAGAUGCUGCUCCACCAUUGGGAAGGGAAGGAUGAGGAGGUGGUGGUGCACGAGUAUCUACCCGAGGGAGUCAACUACGACGAGCUGAUGAGCAAGAGCAAGUUCUGCCUCUGCCCCAGCGGGUACGAGGUGGCGAGCCCAAGGAUCGUGGAGUCCAUCUUCGUGGGAUGUGUGCCUGUCACGAUCUCUGUGGACUAUCCACUUCCCUUCUCUGAUGUGCUUGAUUGGAGAAAGUUCUCUGUGCAGAUACCGGUGGAGAAGAUAGCGGAGAUCAAGGCGAUACUGAGAGCGAUCCCGGAGAGUCGGUACAAGAAGUUGCAGAAGAGGGUGACGCAGGUGCAGCGGCAUUUUGUGGUGAAUCAGCCGGCGAAGAGAUAUGAUAUGAUCCAUAUGGUGCUUCAUUCGAUAUGGCUGAGAAGGCUAAAUGUGAGGCUUCCUUAUUGAUAUGGCACACAUUUUGGUGAAGAAAUAAUUCGAGGCAAUUAGUUCUUCCUCGAGUCAGCAUGAUAUGAACUUUAGUUGUGAAUUUUGGAAAUUUUAUACGUAUCUUUUAAUUAA